AUGGAGGUUGAAUACCGUUGGUGUUGGGGUUGGGGUUGGGAUUGGGAUAGGAAGGUGACGAUUCCUUUAUUAACUUCAAUUUUUUUCCAACUAAAUUGUGUCCUUCAGGCUUUAAAGCGAAAAAAAUGUUUUGAAAACAAUGAGUUUGAGUAUUGUGAGAAGACAGCAAGCCCUUCAUACAAUGAUGCCGCUAGCAGUCCCUUCCUUACACCCAUAUCGGGAAAAGGAGGAAGGAUAACCAGCAGGUCAAAGGUCACAAAGAACAAUAGAUCUGCACCUCCAACUCCUGCCUCUAGUGUUGAUACUCCCUUAGCCCUUACUCCUGCUGGCAGCUGCCGCUAUGAUAAUUCCUUGAGUCUUCUAACAAAGAAAUUCAUCAACUUGAUAAAGUAUGCAGAAGAUGGUAUUCUCGAUUUAAACAAAGCUGCAGACACUUUGAAGGUGCAGAAGAGACGAAUAUAUGACAUAACAAAUGUCCUCGAAGGAAUUGGUCUUAUUGAAAAGAAGCUCAAGAACAGAAUUCACUGGAAGGGACUUGAUCCUUCAAGACCUGGACAAGUGGACAAUGAUAGUACUCUUUUGCAGGCAGAAAUUGAGAACCUUUAUGUCGAAGAAAGAGGAUUGGACGAGCGAACAAGAAAAAUGCAAGAAAAAUUGCGAGAUUUGAGCCAAGAUGAAAAUAAUCAAAGAUGGCUUUUUGUGACUGAAGAUGAUAUCAAAGGAUUGCCUUGUUUCAAGGAUGAAACCCUGAUUGCAAUUAAAGCUCCACAUGGGACCACCCUUGAAGUUCCAGAUCCUGAUGAGGCCAUUGAUUACCCACAAAGGAGAUACAGAAUGAUACUUAGAAGCACAUUGGGUCCUAUUGAUGUUUAUCUUGUUAGUCAAUUUGAGGAGAAGUUUGAAGAGUUGAAUGAUGAUGAACCAUCUACAAGCUGGCCUCUUGGUUCAAGUGAAAAUCCCACAACACAAGGAGCCUUGUUGGCAAGCAGUGGGAGGGAUAUUGAAGCUCAAGCACAAGAUAACCAUAGAAUAAGCUCUGAUUUUGGUGCUUUACAGGAGUGUGCUGGAGGAAUGACAAAGAUUCUCCCUUCAAAUAUUGAUAAUGAUGCAGAUUACUGGCUUCUAUCAGAAACAGAUGUUAGCAUCACAGACAUGUGGAAGACAGAUUCAGGUGUAGGCUGGAAUGAGAUCGAUAUGCUUGAUGACGAGUUUGGAAUGGCUUCUAUCGUCACAUCAAGGCUACAGACUCCACCAUCUGGUGUUGCUGACAUGCCUAAUGUUAUUAAUUUGCCACCUAGGUGAUUUGGCUUCGUUUGAUUGAUCGGACAAGAAUUGUCAUGUCUAAUCGAGAGUGUAAAAAACUCGUUGCCAUUAGUUGUUGGUAGAUUGCUGAUUCAUCUCGACAGUUGUUUGGACACAUAAUGCACGAGGCAAUUAACUUUACACUAAAAAAGAAGGAAAAACGGGAGGACGAGGGAGUUGGAGCUAUGAUUCUUUGGUACAUCUGAGCAACCUUCAGCAAUUCGGGGGUAAAUAAACUUCCAAUUUUAGCAAUUCUGUGUAGUGUUAUGGAUGCACAUAAACCAGUGUGUCAAAGUUUGCUAUCUGAAUCUGUUUCAGAAGAGAAUAGUGAUAAAUAGAAGAAAAAUCAAAGAGAAAACGUCCAUCUGACAACGCGUCAACACGAGGAGUAUUAUAUUUCAUUUACUAGAAAUUUCAGAUAGGAACUAUAAUAACUUCAAUUACAUCCUUAGCCUCUUGAAUGAAUGAUUUGGAUGUGAAGAGA